AUGGCUUCCGAUCCCAUUUUAACAGUCAUUGAACACUCUCAAAUAUCACCACCGCCGGUCACCGUUGCACCCUGUUCACUUCCGCUUACUUUCUUCGACCUCACAUGGCUGCUCUUCCCUCCCGUCCACCAUCUUUUCUUCUACCACUUCCCUCACUCUAAAUCCCAUUUCAUACAAACCCUUCUUCCCAAUAUUAAACACUCCUUAUCCCUCGCUCUUCGACAUUUCUUCCCAUUCGUUAGCAAAUUGUUCGUCUUUAAUAAUUCCGGUGUCACUAGAAAACCGGAAAUUCGGCAUGUAGAAGGCGAUUCCGUCACACUUACUGUUGCAGAAUGUGAUCUUGAUUUUGAUGAUCUGACCGGAGAUCAUCCUCGGAAAUGUGAAUACUUUUAUCCACUGAUACCUCCAUUGGGAACGGCGGUUAAAGGAUCCGAUUAUGUUACGAUCCCACUUUUUUCGAUCCAAAUAACCAUCUUUCCAGGCUUCGGUAUCGCGAUCGGAAUGACGAAUCAUCAUAGCCUUGGUGAUGCUAACACACGGUUCGGUUUCUUGAAGGCGUGGGCUACGAUUGCUUGUUCCGGUGGAGAUCAGUCGUUCUUGGCCAAUGGAUCUCUACCAAUCUACGAAAGAUUGAUCGACAUUCCGAAAUUAGAUGAAAAUAAGUUGAGACAUACAAGGGUUGAAUCUUUUUAUCAACCUCCGAGCCUUGUUGGUCCAACCAAGGUUCGGGCCACAUUUGUGUUGACCCGAACAAAUAUUGAUCGGUUGAAGAAACGGGUCCUAACCCAUCUGCCAUCGUUGGAAUAUGUAUCAUCUUUUACGGUAACCUGUGGUUAUAUAUGGAAUUGCAUUGCGAAAUCGCUUGUUAAAAUGGGAGAAAAAAAGGGUGACGAUGAGUUAGAACAGUUCAUUCUGACAGUCGAUUGCAGGUCUCGAUUGGAUCCGCCGAUUCCGGUGAACUACUUCGGCAACUGUACAGCACCAUGUAUUACAACGAUCCAAAACGUUGUCUUAACGGGUGAAAAAGGAUUCGAAAUCGCUGCUAAAUUGAUAGGAGAGAGUAUAAACAAAAUGGUGAAUCAUAAAGACGGAAUCUUAAAAGAUGCCGAGAGGUGGCACGAAGGUUUCAAGAUUCCGGCAAGGAAGAUUGGGGUCGCCGGUACACCGAAGCUCAAUUUCUACGACAUCGAUUACGGGUGGGGGAAGCCCAAAAAGUGUGAAACCGUUUCGAUUGAUUAUAACGGAUCGGUUUCUAUAAAUGCAUGCAAAAAUUCGACACAAGAUCUGGAAAUUGGAUUGUGCCUUUCGAGUAUGCAAAUGGAAGCUUUUGCUAAUAUCUUUAACGACGGAAUCGGGAAUAUUCUGUCGUAA